GUCCCUAAUUUUGUGGGUUAAAGGUCAUCCCGGUGCAUGGCGGGACAGCAUCGUCGGACCAACGCGUGUUGAUGAACAAAAACUAGCGAAAAACACAAAAAAUCCCUAAAUAAAAGACAGGCAUAAGUCCCCAGGAUGGAUACAGAACUGUAUGAUGAGUUUGGGAACUACAUUGGUCCCCAGUUGGACAGUGAUGAUGAGUCAGAGGAGGAGGAGGAGGAGGAGGAGACAGAGCACAUCAGGAGGGUCCAGGACUAUGGAGAGGAUGAAGAUGAUGCAGAUGAAGCGAUGGACCAGGAUGUUGAACCCUCCAUGGCUGUGGUUCUACACGAAGACAAGAAAUACUACCCUAGUGCAGAGGAGGUAUACGGGGCAGAUGUGGAGACCAUUGUUCAUGAAGAAGAUACUCAACCUUUGACAGAACCGAUCAUCAAACCGGUGAAGAGAAACAAGUUUGCACAUAUUGAACAGGAGCUGCCCCUGACCAGCUACAACAUGGAGUACCUGGCAGAUUUGAUGGACAACCCUGAGCUGAUCAGGAACGUGGUUCUAGCUGGGCAUCUUCAUCAUGGCAAGACAACUUUUGUGGACUGUCUCAUGGAACAAACCCAUCCAGAUAUCUUCACUAAAGAGGAAAGACAGCUGCGGUACACUGACACACUAUUCACAGAACAGGAGAGAGGAGUAAGUAUUAAGAGCCAGCCGGUGACGCUGGUACUUCCGGACUCCCGUGGGAAAUCCUACCUCAUCAACGUCAUGGAUUCUCCAGGACAUGUGAACUUUUCAGACGAGGCAACAGCGGGGUACCGCCUGAGUGACGGUGUCGUACUGUUUGUGGAUGCAGCAGAGGGGGUGAUGUUAAAUACAGAACGUCUACUAAAACACGCAGUACAGGAGAGACUGGCCAUCACCGUGUGUAUCAACAAGAUUGACAGGCUGAUGCUGGAGCUGAAACUGCCGCCCACCGACGCCUACUACAAACUUCGACAGAUCGUGGACGAGAUCAACGGUCUUCUGAGUGUGUACUCUGAGGAGAGUGAGCCAGUAGUGGUGUCUCCACUGAUGGGGAACGUGUGCUUUGCCAGCUCCCAGUACCGCUUCUGUUUCACCCUACAGUCCUUCUCCAAGAUAUAUGAGGACACAUACGGAGGUUUCAGUGCAAAGGAACUGUCACGAAGGUUGUGGGGAGACAUCUACUUUAACUCAAAGAGUCGCAAGUUUACCAAGAAGCCACCAAUGAGCACAUCCCAGCGCAGCUUUGUGGAGUUCAUUCUGGAGCCGCUGUACAAGAUUUUUGCACAGGUUGUAGGAGAUGUGGACUCCACCCUCCCCCGUGCCCUUGAGGAGCUGGGUGUCCACCUGACUAAGGAGGAAAUGAAGAUGAACAUCAGACCACUGCUCAAACUCAUCUGCAGAAGAUUCUUUGGAGACUUCACAGGUUUUGUUGACAUGUGUGCAGAACACAUCAAGUCCCCGUACGCAGCUGCUCGUACCAAAGUGGAGCACACCUACACGGGACCGCUGGAGAAUGAACUGGGAGACGCCAUGUUGGAAUGUGACCCUGAGGGCCCGCUGAUGUUACACACCACCAAGAUGUACUCCACAGAGGAUGCCACACAGUUCCUGGUGUUCGGGCGCGUCAUGAGCGGAACCAUCCAUGCUAACCAGGACAUCCGCGUGCUGGGGGAGAGCUAUACACUGGACGAUGAAGAAGACUCCAGACUGGUGACCUGCGGGAGGCUCUGGAUCUCAGAGGCCAGGUACAAGGUUGAGGUGAACAGGGUGCCUGCUGGGAACUGGGUCCUGAUCGAGGGCGUCGACCAGCCCAUCGUCAAGACGUCCACCAUCACUGAGGCCAGGGGGAACGAUGAGGCGUACAUUUUUCGAUCCCUGAAGUUCAACACCAGCUCGGUCAUCAAGAUCGCGGUGGAACCAGUCAACCCCUCAGAGCUGCCGAAGAUGUUGGACGGACUCAGGAAAGUCAACAAGAGCUACCCUCUCCUCACAACAAAGGUUGAGGAGUCAGGUGAACAUGUGAUCAUGGGUACAGGAGAGCUGUAUCUGGACUGUGUCAUGCACGACCUCAGGAAGAUGUACUCUGAAAUAGACAUCAAGGUAGCAGACCCAGUUGUGGCCUUCUGUGAGACUGUUGUCGAGACGUCAUCACUGAAGUGCUUUGCAGAGACACCAAACAAGAGGAACAAGAUCACCAUGAUCGCUGAGCCGCUGGAGAAAGGUCUCGCGGAGGACAUCGAAAACGAGGUUGUACGGAUCACCUGGAAUCGUAAGAGGCUGGGAGAGUUCUUCCAGACCAAGUACGACUGGGAUCUGCUGGCUGCCCGGUCCAUCUGGGCCUUCGGACCGGACAACACUGGACCCAACAUCCUGGUGGACGAUACGCUGCCGUCAGAGGUGGACAAAGGACUGCUGAACUCGGUCAAGGACAGUAUUGUACAGGGGUUCCAGUGGGGUACCAGGGAAGGCCCACUGUGCGACGAGCCAAUCAGAAACGUCAAGUUCAAAAUCCUGGAUGCCGUCAUCGCCGGGGAGCCCCUCCACCGCGGCGGCGGGCAGAUCAUCCCGACCGCUCGACGUGUCGCGUACUCUGCCUUCCUUAUGGCGACCCCUCGGCUGAUGGAACCGUACUUGUUCGUGGAGGCUCAGGCGCCCGCUGACUGCGUAUCCGCAGUGUACACGGUAUUGGCCCGGCGAAGAGGUCACGUGACCCAGGAUGCACCAAUCCCAGGCUCCCCUCUGUACACCAUCAAGGCAUUCAUUCCCGCCAUUGAUUCCUUUGGGUUCGAGACGGACCUGCGGACACACACACAGGGUCAGGCCUUCUGUCUGUCCGUCUUCCACCAUUGGCAGAUUGUGCCAGGUGACCCCCUGGACAAGAGUAUUGUGAUCCGGCCUCUGGAACCACAACCUGCCACACACCUGGCUCGGGAGUUCAUGAUCAAGACUCGACGCAGAAAGGGUCUGAGUGAGGAUGUCAGUAUCAACAAGUUCUUCGACGACCCUAUGUUGUUGGAGUUGGCCAGACAAGACGUCAUGCUGAACUACCCCAUGUAGAGCCUCAUCUCAACACAAGACAUCAUACCCAACCCCAUUUGGACCCUCACAACUCGUCACACUACAGUAUACACAAAUCCCCCUUGUGCAACCUUGCAACAUUCCUGAUUAAUAUAUCAAAAAGCCUGAAGAUGUUAUACCGUGAUCUUGGAGAAUGUUUGGUGAUACAUCUUGUAUAUUAAGAUUUUAGUGCUAUUGUCUUAAAGAAACUUAACAGUAAGAAAAACGAUGUGAAAAAUAUUCUUAAGUCUCUGGUGCAGAUAGCAUCAGUUUGUAUAACAGGAAAAACAGUAAAGCAGGAUACAUCUUUGAAGUGUCCCAAAAAAAAAAACAGAAACAGAUUGUAGUAGAUCACCCCAUUAAAUCACUGUUUUCUUAUGCAGAAACAGUCCAUGAUUGUGUAAGCAGCAGACUCUGUAUUUGCUGUGUUCAUUUUUGUUAUUUGUGAAAGCUAAGAACUAAAAGUCCUUACAGUUUUCUGCUCUCUGUUUCAAAUGCCAGAGAAACAAGGACAUGGGUUGGUGUAUGUGUGGCCUAUGUUUGGCUUUGAAUAGAACAUUGUAACUAAGCUUAGUUGAACAUGAUGUUCUAUUAGAAUUCAUGUGGGCAAUGUGUAAGGAUAAGGUUUUUGUAUCGUAUCAGUCUUAUAUUAGCAUUCAGUGAGGAAUAGCUUUGAUGAUAAAGUCUUGUACAAAAUG